UUUUUUUUUUUAAGGAAGUAAAGAAGGUUGAAAAGUUGGUUGUGAAGGAAAGUGGGAAGAAAUAUUGCGGCAACAAGCCGGGCACGUUUUCCGAGCUUGUUGCAGGAAACAAAAACUUCCCUCUUCCUGGACGAAAUUAUGAGCUGGGAUUUGCAAUGAAAAAACAAUGGGGGCCUUUCUUAGCCCCUGCUGGUUUUGCACGGGGAUCUUCUUCGUUUUUGUCUGGCCAGGAAUCUGGAGUACAGAAGUCUGCACAGGGACAGACAUGAAGCUGCAGCAUCCCUCCAGCCCAGAAAACCACUAUGCAACCCUCCGUCGGCUUUAUGAGCACUGUCAAGUUGUGCAAGGCAACCUGGAGAUCACACAUCUGCCAGCAAAUGUGGACACAUCUUUUCUCAAGGACAUCAGGGAGGUCCAGGGGCACGUGCUGAUUGCCAAGAACCAUGUCCGUCAUUUGCAGCUGGAGAACCUUCUGAUCAUUCGUGGGACCCAACUGUAUGAAGAGAAGUACGCCCUGGCUGUUCUUGACAAUGCUGACCCCAGUGGGCACGUGGGACUGCAGAAGCUGGGCAUGUCAAAACUGACAGAGAUCUUGAAAGGUGGAGUGAUUAUAGACAGGAACCCACAGCUGUGCUUCCAGGAGACCAUCAAUUGGGAAGCCAUCUUCCACAAGUACAAUUUGCACAACGCCACAGAGAUCAGCAGCCAUCGUCUUAGGAUGUGCCCCGACUGCAGCAAGAUCUGCCCCAAUAACCACUGCUGGGGAGAAACAAAAGAGAGUUGUCAGACAUUGACAAGCACUAUCUGUGCCAGCAGCUGUCCAAGGUGCAAGGGGGAACGUCCCACGGAUUGCUGUCACGAGCAGUGUGCAGCCGGCUGCACAGGACCCAAACACUCCGACUGCCUGGCCUGCCUAAACUUCAACCACAGUGGGAUCUGUGAACUGCAUUGCCCAUUUCUCACACACUACAGACCAGACACCUAUGAGUCUAUGAUCAAUCCGGAUGGGCGAUACACUUUUGGAGCAACUUGUGUCACUGAAUGCCCAUAUAAUUACUUGGCUGCAGAACUUGGCUCCUGUACUUUGGUGUGUCCACCAAAUAGCCAGGAAGUGAGUGUGGGCACCAUGCAGAAGUGUGAGAAAUGCAACAACCCCUGCCCAGAAGUCUGCUAUGGCUUGGGGAAUGAGUUCCUGAAAGGGGUUCGUGCUGUUGAUGCAUCCAACAUCCACCACUUUGCUGGCUGCACCAAGAUUUUUGGCAGCUUAGCCUUUCUGCCAGAGUCCUUUGCAGGGGAUCCUUCCACCAAUACCCCACCCCUGAAUCCUGAGCACCUUAAAGCCUUUGAGAACCUGAAGGAUCUAACAGGCUUCUUAUACAUUGAAUCAUGGCCAGGGAGCUUCUCAGACUUGAGCCCCUUCCAGAAUCUUCAGGUGAUCCGGGGGCGAGCCCUCUACAAUGGAAUCUAUUCCCUCACAUUGCAAAACCUCAACAUCACCUCACUGGGCCUGCGUUCACUGCAAGAAAUCAGCAGUGGAAUGGUCCUUAUUCACCACAACCCGAACCUUUGCUUCAUCCAAAAUGUUCCUUGGGGAGACAUCUUCAGAAAACCCCGGCAGACACUGUUCCAGAAUGACAACAAACCAGCUGAACAGUGUGAACGCCAAAACCAGGUUUGCUUCCCCCUCUGUUCCAAGGGAUACUGCUGGGGACCAGGAGCAACGCAGUGUGUGUCCUGCAGUGGCUUUCUGCGGGGGAAGGAAUGUGUCGAGAGCUGCAAUGUUCUGGAUGGAGAUACUCGGGAAUAUGUCAACGGGACACAGUGCUUUUCAUGUCAUCCAGAGUGCAUGCCUCAGAAUGGGACAGAGACCUGCUAUGGAUCGGAAGCAGACCAAUGUGUGGCUUGCGCCCAUUACAAAGAUGGCCCCUUCUGCAUGGAGCGGUGUCCCAGUGGGGUGAAGGUCGAUGGCUCUUUUGUACCCAUCUGGAAGUAUCCUGAUGAACAAGGCAUCUGUCAGUCCUGCUCAGUCAAUUGCACCCAUCUGUGUGUGCUCCGGGAUGAGCGUGGCUGCCCUGUGGAUCAGAAACCUGGCCAGGCUACAUCCAUCAUUGCUGGGGUCGUGGGUGCUGCACUUGCUCUAGUUCUGUUGCUGCUUAUCAUCAUUUGUAUAAACCGGAGGAAGCAGCAGGAGAGGAAGCAUACAAUGCGGCGUCUUCUGCAGGAGACUGAAUUGGUGGAACCAUUGACACCCAGCGGAGCCCUGCCAAACCAGGCUCAAAUGCGCAUUCUCAAGGAGACAGAAUUGAAGAAAGUCAAGGUUUUGGGCUCAGGUGCUUUUGGAACAGUGUACAAGGGUGUUUGGAUUCCAGAUGGUGAGUGUGUGAAGAUCCCAGUGGCCAUCAAAGUCUUGCGGGAAAACACCUCCCCUAAAGCCAACAAGGAGAUCUUGGAUGAGGCAUACGUCAUGGCAGGCGUGGGCAGCCCAUACGUCUCACGUCUGCUGGGAAUCUGCCUCACCUCAACAGUGCAGCUGGUGACUCAGCUCAUGCCUUACGGCUGCCUGCUAGACUACGUGCGGGAGAACAAGGACCGCAUUGGAUCCCAGGAUCUCCUUAAUUGGUGUGUGCAGAUAGCAAAGGGCAUGAGCUACCUGGAGGAUGUCCGCCUGGUUCACCGGGACUUGGCUGCCCGGAAUGUCCUGGUGAAGAGCCCAAAUCAUGUGAAGAUCACAGAUUUUGGCUUGGCUCGGCUGCUGGACAUUGAUGAGACAGAAUACCAUGCUGAUGGAGGAAAGGUGCCUAUCAAAUGGAUGGCACUGGAGUCCAUCUUGCGCAGACGAUUCACCCACCAAAGUGAUGUGUGGAGCUAUGGUGUUACUGUAUGGGAGCUGAUGACUUUUGGUGCCAAGCCAUACGAUGGCAUCCCCGCCCGAGAGAUCCCUGAUUUGCUAGAGAAAGGAGAGAGGUUGCCCCAGCCUCCCAUCUGCACUAUUGAUGUCUACAUGAUCAUGGUGAAAUGUUGGAUGAUCGACUCAGAAUGCCGACCCAAAUUCCGAGAGUUGGUCACGGAGUUCACACGCAUGGCUAGGGAUCCACAACGUUUUGUGGUCAUCCAGAAUGAUGAUAAGAUGGGUCUAGUCAGCCCCAUAGACAGUACUUUCUACCGCACUUUGCUAGAAGAGGAAGAUAUGCAAGAUCUGGUGGAUGCAGAAGAGUACCUAGUCCCCCACCAGGGCUUCUUCAGUGGGGAGGCAUCAGCUGACUAUCGAUCUAGGAUUCCUUCAACCAGAAGCGCCACAGAGACUCAAAUGGAUGCAGAGGAGACCGAGGAAUCAGCUCAGUAUCUGGGCUCAUCUUUCUCCAAAGAGUCAGAUGGUGUGCCUGACUUGCUCAAAGAGGAAUGUGCAGCAAGCAAGGCACCACAGAAGGAGCCCGGCACUCUUCAGCGUUACAGUGAAGAUCCCACCAGUGCCGCGGCUAAGCAAAACGACAGUCUGGAUGUCAAAAGCUGCAGUUCACCGGAGCCCUCGGAUGUGGUUCCAGAGUAUGUGAACCAGCCAGAGAAUGGCCUUCCAUUCAGCAAGAACCUUCAAUCACCAGGUUCCACACUGGGAAAGCCAAAGGGUCAUUUAGGCAAGAAUGGCCUCAUCAAGGAACCAAAUAAUGCCUACCAGAGCGGCUUCACCCAUGUGGUGGGAAAUCCAGAGUACCUGACUCCAUGCACACUUCCCGUGGCUGGCCCUUUGCCGCAAGCCUUUGACAAUCUCUAUUAUUGGAAUCAGGAGACUCCCAAGAGCAAUCCAGCAGAAUUCUUCACUGCCUCCAUUGUUCCUGCUACCACUACUAACAGCUUCACUACAACUCCAACUGCAGAGAACCUCGAGUAUCUCGGCCUAGCAGAAUCCAUCACUCGUGCAAAGGAAUUUGCAUGAAGGUCAUUCCUAUCAUCAGUGAAAUCUGUUUUCACUUUUAAGGCAGCUCAGGACACAAAGUAAUGAAUCACAAAUAUAUGCAAGAUGAGCAGGAUUAAUUAAGGGCUUAAUGCCUCUCUUGAGGCCAAGCAGAUCCUUCCUGUUCCUCUUCCUCAUUUUGCAGUUGGGCUGAGGCAGGACUGGGCAGAAGGUAGAUCUGGAUCUAGUGGUGAAGCUCUGGAUGACUUGCAGAAGCUUGGCAAGGACUUCUGAUUCUUAAUUGUUUAACAAUAGCAGCGACAUCAUGACUUCCUGCUUCCCUAAAU